CUGCGCAUGCGGAAAGAUGGCCGGCUCGGGAACCUGAGUGCCUCCGCGGUCACCCUGGUCCCCUCCGCGCCAACCCUGGUCCCCUCUGCGCCUGGGCGCAUCGCUGGGCGAGUGGGACCGCGGCGCUUCGUGGGUGGAGCCGCAGUGUUCCGUGGGUGGAGCGGAAGGUCGGGGCGACGCUGAAGGGGCCGGGAACGCGCGCGCCGAGCCUCUCGGGAAGGCGGGAGGGCGCGAGGGGCGCGAGGGGCGCGGGACAGCAUGAGUCAGCAGCGGACAGCGCGGAGACUGCCCAGCCUGUUGGUGGACCCGGCGCAGGAAACCGUGCGCCGCCGCUGCCGGGACCCCAUCAACGUGGAGAACCUACUGACAUGUGGUUGUCAUCCAGGAUUCUCUACAGUUUGUUCAUGUAGGUGACCACUCACUACUGCUAACUUGUGGCCUGUGACCAUGAAUUGCCUCCAGACCCCCACCCCCACCUCCAGGUCACUGACGUUAUUAACAUCAGUAGCUGCCGUCCAGUGCUAUUCCAUGCUAUAAUGCCAUCUCGACCGGUUUCCUGCCAUUAUUGCUGCCUCUCACUCACUGUGUGCUUCACCCUUAGCUGAUGGGCUCUUGAAGCUUCUAGCCAGGUGUGGUGGCCCAGUUCUGUAAUGCCAGUCCUUGGGAGGCAGAGGCAGAAGGAUGCCAUCAAAAAUAAGGAUUAAUCUAGAAGAAAAUGUACAGUACGUGUCCAUGAGAAAAGCUCUGAAAGUGAAGAGGCCCCGGUUUGACGUGUCGCUGGUAUACUUAACUCGAAAGUUUAUGGAUCUUGUCAGAUCUGCCCCUGGGGGCAUUCUUGACUUAAACAAGGUUGCCACAAAACUGGGUGUCCGGAAGAGGCGAGUGUAUGAUAUCACCAAUGUCUUGGAUGGCAUCGAACUUGUGGAAAAGAAAUCUAAGAACCACAUUCGGUGGAUAGGAUCUGACCUGAACAACUUUGGGGCCGCACCCCAGCAGAAGAAGCUGCAGGCAGAGCUCUCCGACCUGUCGGCAAUGGAAGAUGCCUUGGACGAGUUGAUUAAAGAUUGUGCUCAGCAACUGUUGGAGUUAACAGAUGACAAAGAAAAUGAGAGACUAGCGUACGUAACCUAUCAGGAUAUUCAUGGCAUUCAAGCUUUCCACGAACAGAUUGUCAUUGCAGUGAAGGCUCCAGAGGAAACCAGACUGGAUGUUCCAGCUCCCAGAGAAGAUUCUAUCACAGUACAUAUCAGGAGCACCAAAGGACCCAUUGAUGUAUAUUUGUGUGAAGUAGAACAGAACCACUCAAAUGGUAAAACAACCGAUGGAAUAGAAGCCUCUCCAUCUAAAAGCAGCCAUUCACAGUGCCCAGAGAAAGAAGACAAGCCUCCUCAGUGAGUGAAGAACUUCUCAGAGUGAGUGGCUCAUAGCAGUGCAGAGUGACGAAGGUCUUUGGAGCAUCCCGAGUGGGUGAAUCAUGUACCCCCCUCCCUCGUGGGUGAAUCAUGUGCCCCAUCGUUUGAUCCUCAGCAAUAAGUCUCCUCGGAGUGCUCUUGUAGACUUGUAGCUGCACUGAAGGCCAGUAGUGUUCUCCCGAGUAGCCUCCAGCAUGGGUUCCUGGGUGGGUUCCCCAUCCAGUAUCAGCUCUUUCGAUAAUUCUUCGCUGACUUUUGUCAGUGAAAUAGGCCUCU